AAGCAAAAAAUAAAAAAAGGAAGAAAGAGAAAGAAACCAACGAGCAGAACAACGGCAACGACCCCACGCACGAAUCACUAAUCAGGUUCGACUCGCGCGAGCGGCAAAAUUUCUUCCUCUCUUCGACUCGUCGUUUCUCUUUCGCCGAACGACGAACCACCACGCGAUCGAUGACGAUGUAUGCGUUAAUCGGCGGAUUCUGAACAUCCACGUGAACACCCACUUCGCCAACGCGUUUCUUCUCCGUUCGAGACUCCGGCGUGAACAUCAAGUUGUUCAGCACGUUUUCAACGGACCGUGACAGUAUUCCAGCGGCGUUUUUGACUUUAAAGUGAGCUUUCGGCUGUUACUCACUCUUCGUUUGGCCUCAAAUCGGAUUAUCCAUAGGUUGUGUAAGGCUCACUCUUCAAGUUCGGACGUUUCUAACAUCAACCAGCAAGGGUCAGAGCUCUUCUUGUUGUAUUGGAAAAUACAGGCUGCCACAAGAGAUGUACAACAAUUUUAAGGAAAAAGCCAUCGAGUACGUGAAGCAGGCAGUGCAGGAAGAUAAUGCUGGCAAUUAUGUGAAAGCCUUCCCCCUGUAUAUGAAUGCCUUGGGGUACUUUGAAACUCAUUUGAAGUAUGAGAAGAAUCCUAAGAUUAAGGAAGCUAUUACCCUGAAAUUCACCGAGUAUUUGCGCCGUGCCGAGGAGAUACGGUCUAUGCUCGAUGGUGGCAGUCCUGAGCCGACUUCCAAUGGGGAUGCAGCAAUUGCGACUAAGCCCAAAACGAAAUCUAAAGAUGGAGGAGAAGGAGAUGGAGAGAAUCCAGAACAUGCUAAGUUGCAGGCUGGUCUUAGUUCUGCAAUUGUAAGGGAGAAGCCGAACGUCAAGUGGAAUGAUGUCGCCGGUUUGGAUAGCGCCAAGCAAGCACUAAAAGAGGCGGUAAUAUUACCUGUGAAGUUCCCACAGUUCUUUACUGGCAAGAGGCGACCAUGGAGAGCUUUCCUGUUAUAUGGGCCUCCUGGAACUGGAAAAUCAUACUUGGCAAAGGCCGUUGCUACAGAAGCUGACUCAACAUUUUUCAGUAUUUCUUCUUCGGAUCUUGUCUCAAAAUGGAUGGGUGAAAGUGAAAAGCUAGUUUCAAAUCUGUUCCAAAUGGCUCGUGAUAGUGCUCCAUCCAUCAUCUUUAUCGAUGAAAUAGAUUCGUUGUGUGGUCAACGAGGUGAAGGUAAUGAAAGUGAAGCUUCUAGACGCAUCAAGACAGAACUUCUUGUGCAGAUGCAGGGUGUAGGCCACAACGACCACAAAGUUCUUGUUCUUGCUGCAACAAAUACUCCCUAUGCCUUGGAUCAGGCCAUUCGUCGACGAUUUGACAAGCGGAUAUACAUCCCUCUUCCUGAUUUGAAAGCCAGGCAACAUAUGUUCAAAGUGCAUUUGGGAGAUACUCCAAAUAAUUUGACGGAAAGAGAUUUUGAAAGCUUGGCACGUAGAACAGAGGGUUUCUCAGGUUCAGAUAUUUCAGUUUGUGUGAAGGAUGUGCUCUUUGAACCUGUUCGUAAGACUCAGGAUGCGAUGUUCUUUAUUAAAACUUCAGAUGGUAUGUGGGUACCCUGUGGACCUAAGCAACCUGGCGCUGUCCAAAUUACCAUGGAAGAAUUAGCAGCAAAGGAACUUGCCUCAAAGAUCCUUCCACCCCCAAUUUCAAGAAGAGAUUUUGACAAGGUUCUGGCUAGACAAAGGCCUACAGUGAGUACAUCUGAUCUUGGGGUUCAUGAAAAGUUUACAAAAGAGUUUGGGGAAGAAGGUUGACGAUGAGUUUGUUGUAAUUACAUCGAGUCAAUUAUUUCUAUCGAGUAAAUAGCACACCUGAGUUGUAUUAUAUUCGUGAUUCCCAUAUCUGAGAAAUCUGUAUAUAUUUCAUUUUUUUUUUUCGUUAGAGUGAAAAGCAGACAUGACAUUUUGCAUUGAGCUUGAAAUGUUGAAGUCUGGCCUUUCACAAAGUUCAUUUCACCAAUUUGUGUACAGUUACAUCAGCUUGAAAUGAUUAAAGUUUGUCCAAUCUAGAGUUGUGAAGAAUUUUU